CAACCAGAAUGUACCUCCUAAAUUCGCUGUAUCUGUAAAUGGUCUUGCUUUGUAACUCUUCUGAGCUGACCAGGGUGAUUUCAAUUUGUUUCUUCUGUGAGGCUCCGGGCCAAUUUUUGUUCUUUGUAUUAAGAGAUUUGGGGAGAAUGAGUUGGCUGGUGCAGCGUGGAUGUUUUUUGUCUACUCCAUCUGUUGGUUUAAAUGGUGAAGCCCCCAUUUCUCACUUAAGGUGCUGAGCAAUCCAAAGGGAAUCGAAACAUGGAGCGUGGUUCUGAGAAAAUCUUCAGAAAUUUUCCUGAAACCAAAGAUAUGUGCUCAGGUGAUUCGUUACCAUUUACACUUUUUUCUUACAGAUUGUUACUGUACCUUACUUAGUAUUGUCUAUUUUGUAAAGUGCUUUCUGACUUAUAUCAUAUUGAGAAAGUUUUGACUA